UCACUUUAGAUGCUGGCUGUUGAGACUUGAGGUAUUUAUUACUGACCAAAAGUAUUUUUUUCUUAUCUUGCAUAAGUCACAUGAUGCCAUGAUGGUUACGCCCAUGUGACACGAUGCCAUUUCCAAUCAUGAAGACAAAAAAACCCAUCCCCACCAUAACAUCUGGUCUUGAGAAUGAGGCAAAUUUGCAAUGAUUCAUCAAAAUCACAGUCGACAACGUGGCUGGAAUCUGAAUGACAUUAUUCUUGUGUCAAGUCAAUCAGUUAACAUAAAAUAACAAUGAAUAAAAUGAAAGAUUCAUUACCAUCAUGCACAUCAUUACCAUUGUCAUUAUCAUCAGAAGAUUUAAAUGAUUUAAUUGACACAACUAGAGAUUGGGCAUUGAUGCAUGGUCUAUCAGUAAGACCAAUAACAAAUACAACAAAAGAUAUUCUUCAACAUAAUUAUACAGUAUAUUUUACAAAUAAAUUAUUUAAUAUUUAUGAAACAGUUAUAAAUGAAGGAAUAAGACAAAAAAUAUCACUUGGUUUAUUUAGAUCAGAUUUAAUGCUUGAAACAAGUUGUACAAAUGAUUGUAAAAAAUUACAACCAUUUUGUUGUUGGAAACAAGUUGAAAUGAACACAAUGGCAUCAGGAAUGGCAUGGCUUGGUCCAGCUACAACACAAUUACAUAAAUUUGUUCUUAAUGAAAUUGGUCUUGGUGAUGCAAUUAUUAAUUUACCAGAUAAUAAAGCCAUUGAAGGUCUUUGUAGUGGAAUACUUGAAGCAUGGAAAAUAUACAAUGAUCCAUUGGCAAUAAUAAUUUUUGUUGUUGAAGAUUUUUCAUACAAUAUAUCAGAUCAACGUUUUCAUGAGUUUGAAAUAAAACGUCAAAAUCCAAAUGUUAAAGUUGUUAGAAAAACAUUAACACAAUUAUCAAAUCAAGCUAAACUUGGUAUCAACAAUGAACUUUUAAUAAAUAAUAAUAAAGUAGCUGUUGUUUAUUAUCGUUGUGGAUAUGAACCAAAACAAUAUCCAACACAAAAAGAAUGGGAUGUUAGAUUAUUAAUUGAACGUUCAUUAGCAAUUAAAUGUCCAUCAAUUCAAUAUCAUUUAGCUGGUACCAAAAAAGUACAACAAGCACUUGCUAAUUCAAAUGUUGUUGCAAAUUAUUUAAACAAUGAUAAAAAAGUUGCAUGUAUUGAAAAUAUAUUUACCGGUCUUUACUCAUUGGCUCUUGAUGAAAAUGGUAAUGCAGCAACAGAUAUGGCAUUAAAAUAUCCAGAACGUUUUGUUAUGAAACCACAAAGAGAAGGUGGUGGUAAUAAUAUUUAUGGUAAAGAUAUUAAAUAUUUUUUACAAUCAAUUAAAAAUCCAUGUGAACGUACAGCUUGGAUUUUAAUGGAUAAAAUAACACCACCUCAACAAUUAAAUUAUCUCAUAAGUCCAAAUAAUAAAAUUCAAUUAUCUAAUGUUGUAUCUGAACUUGGUAUAUUUGGAGUAAUCAUUGGUGAUGAAAAUAAUAUAUUAAUUAAUAAACAAGCUGGUCAUAUAUUUAGAACAAAAUUAACAACAUCAAAUGAAGGUGGUCUCAUGAGUGGUACCGCAUUUUCAGACAGUCCUUAUUUAAUUGAUUUAUAAUUAGCUAAUCAAU